UGCCUCCGCCGGGCUCUGGCAGCGGAUUCCCGACCUCGGGUCUCAGGGGCUGCGCGGGGACCGCAGCGGCAGCAGAAGGAAGCUGGGGAUGCAGGUAGCCCUGGGCAGGAGCCUGAGGACACUCCUUGCACUGAAGGUGGUGGAUGUGUGGUGGCCACUGGGGUCAGGGCUCCGAGCAACUAGGAAAGUGCCCGGUGUGGAGCGCGGUCUCAGCAGGACACUGUCCCACCUGGAAACCAUUCUAGGGACAGCCUAAAACACAGAAGCGCUUGAUAAUAGCAGACUUCCUGUUCCAAGAUACAUUGUCCUUCUCUGCAGCCCCAGUAAGAGCACUUCUGGCUCAUACAUCACAGAUCCUACAGCUCUCUGCUCCCAAGGGUGACCUGAGAGGAAUGUUGUGCUGGUAGUGAAGCUGGGGAGAGACACACAGCACCCUGAGCUGCACAACACUCCUCACUGUGCAAGUGUCACUUGUGCUGACCAGACAGCCGAUGGAUUUUCCUCACCCAGGAACUAAUUUUUCAGAGGAGUAUAAACCACAAUUGCCACCAGUAGGAUCCCAAGAACCUCCAGGUCAACCUGUAUAUCCUGGCCCCCCAGGGGGUUAUCUGGGUCCCCAGGCUGGCUACCCUGGGCCCAACAGUCCUUACCCAGGUCCCUACCCAGGACCCCCAAUACCACCAGGCAGCUCUGCAGGUGCUGUCCAACCCGGGUUUCCCAUACAGAGUCAGCCAGUAUAUGGACCUGCAGCGGUACCGUGGAUGCCAGCACCACCCGUUCCACUGAACUGCCCACCUGGACUGGAAUACUUAAGUCAGAUAGAUCAGAUUCUGGUGCACCAGCAAAUUGAACUUCUGGAAGUCUUAACAGGCAUUGAAACCAAUAACAAAUAUGAAAUUAAGAACAGCCUCGGACAGAGGGUUUACUUUGCAGCGGAAGACAAUGAUUUUGGCACCCUAAAUUUCGGUGGACCAAGUAGGCCUUUUACCUUGAGAAUUCUUGAUAACAUGGGCCGAGAGGUCGUAACUAUGGUGAGGCCACUGAGAUGUGACUGCUGUUGUUGUCCCUGCUGCCUUCAGGAGAUAGAAAUCCAAGCUCCCCCUGGUGUUCCAGUUGGUUAUGUUUCUCAGAAGUGGCACCCCUGUCUGCCUAAAUUUACUGUUCAAAAUGAGAGAAGAGAGGAUGUAUUAAAAAUAAAUGGCCCAUGUAUUUCGUGCAGUUGUUAUUCGGAUAUUGAUUUUGAGAUUAAAUCUCUUGAUGAACAGUCCGUGGUUGGCAAGAUUUCCAGGCAGUGGGGCGGCAUGGUAAGAGCGGCAUUCACAGACGCCGACAACUUCGGAAUCCAGUUUCCUUUAGACCUGGAUGUGAAGAUGAAAACCGUGAUGCUUGGGGCCUGCUUCCUCAUCGACUUCAUGUUUUUUGAAACUGCUCCAAACAAGAACCAAAGUAUGGGAGUGGAUUCAUGAGAGAGUCCUCAGAGAAGUGAAAUCAUGCACGUUGAGGAUAUUGAAGAGUAAAGCUUUUUUUUUUCUGUACCAGUAUCACGGCUACCUGUAUGAUUUAAAGUCUGAUGCCUAUAGAUCUGGAUAAAUGAUUUUACUUUUAAAUCACAGUCUAUUUUCUGUAUCUCUGUCAUAUAAAUAUGAGACAUUUAUACAUUUUUAGAUUUUGUGAACCUGAGAUAAAGGGCAUGCCUUUGCAUUUAGAAAUGAAAUUUUCUUAUAAAAUUUUUUGUAUUAUAAUCACGGUCCUACUUUCUAUUUUAUGCACAAUUGAAACAUCAUAAACUUUAAUAAAUAACUAAAUGACUGAAUGUCUUUGGUUAAAAUUUAUUUCCUGUGACAAACACAAUGUUAUUUUAAAAAAUACUAUCUGUUCAAAAACUUGCACAAGCCAGGGUCUGCAUCUUUUCUGUUAUUGUCUAAUACUAUUCAAUAUGGAUGCUAUAAAGGAAAAUUAAAAUUGUUUUUCUCUUUAGGAAAUCAUAAUGCAUUUAAAAUGUUGCUAUUAACCAAUCUACAAUCACAAGUAACUUUUAUAAAGAAAAAUAAUAAAUACCCUAUUUCAAAGGGCUUUCAGUGAACAAAGUUAUGAUUUACUGCCAAAGAAACCCUUUAAAGACUCACUACAGAGAUCUUCCUCAAAUGGGUGGAGGGGGUAGGAGGAGAGGGAGGAAAGGUAGAGAAAGGGGAUGGAAAAAUUGAAGGGAGAAAAUGGUGUUGCAAACUGAACUUGUUGAAAUGGGAAAAGAACCAAGAGUUGGAGGGAGCAGGAAGGGAGGAGGAGAGGAGAAUUUUUUAAAAAG